CAGAGCAGUUCGGUCGCCAGGCUCUUUGGUCCCGGCUCGUGCGGUAGCGGCAGCGGCGGCACCGUCUCCGUGAGGAGCGUGGAGCCAUGACGUCAGCGUCCACAAAGGUCGGAGAGAUCUUUUCCGCGGCGGGCGCCGCCUUCACGAAGCUCGGGGAGCUGACGAUGCAGCUGCAUCCCGUGGCCGACUCUUCCCCCGCGGGUGCGAAGUGGACGGAGACGGAGAUAGAGAUGCUGAGGGCUGCUGUGAAGCGAUUUGGGGACGAUCUUAAUCACAUCAGCUGUGUCAUCAAGGAACGGACAGUGGCUCAGAUAAAGGCCACUGUGAAACGCAAGGUAUAUGAAGACUCUGGCAUCCCCCUUCGAGCUGAGUCCCCCAAAAAAGGGCCCAAGAAGGUGGCAUCUGGUGUCUUGUCGCCUCCUCCAGCUGCCCCUCCAACCAGCAGCUCCAGUGUCCCUGAGGCUGGGGGCACCCCCAUAAAGAAACAGAAGGCUGAUGUGACACUCAGUGCUCUGAAUGACUCGGAUGCCAACAGUGACCUGGUGGAUAUUGAAGGGCUAGGAGAAACUCCUCCAGCCAAGAAACUCAACUUCGACCAGGACAGCCUGACCCUGGAUUCUGGCCUUCUCAUGACCUCUGCUGAUCCUCCUCUACUCUCCCGCUGAGCCUCCUCUACUCUCCCGCUGAGCCUUCCACCUCUGACCUCUCGCUUCACCCUGGACCUGUGGAUCGCCUGGGACUCGGAGCAAGGCCUGAGUGAGAGGAUCAGAAGGCUGCUGGGGCUGUCCACCUUGAUGUUCCGGUAUAAGCAUCAGCCCCCACCCUUUUGACCUCUAUCUGAUGUACAUUUUUAUACAGAACUCAAUAAAGAUUUCCCUCUCA